AUGGAUGCCAAUACCGGAUUGUUCACCUCAGCUCUUCCAUAUGCUGGUGCAGCAAAGGAGACUUGGCUGGAUGGCGCUCUCCGUACCGAAUUCCCCCGCAUCGCUGCCGAGGCGAAGGCGCGCGAGGAUUAUUUUCCAGAGCUUUGCCCCUUGGCAGACGUUGGCCAGUAUAUAGUCAGAGUACUGCAGAUUCUCUCAAAACUUACAGACCACUUGAUCAAUGGCAGCUUUGUUGGCAAUUAUGUCAAUGGCAAACUCUCUAGUCUGAUCGACGAAGACGACGGCAGUGUCUCGGAAUACAUCGACGAUAAACAUCAGGCAUUGGGGAAGAUUGCAAGGCAGAUUAAAGAUAUUUCCAAGGAUUGCGGCCGCGUCUGGUCAAGCAGCCCGGCGCCGCCUUUUCAUUUGCAGUCUCACCCAUCGGGAUUGACUGCAUACGAACCUUAUCCUGUAAACACUGCGCCGCCGUCUAUCACUGAAACGGCAGCGUACUCUUCCGGUCCCGCCUACGAAGGGCUGCCGACUAGUGCUCCGAACCUGUACGGAGACCAGGAAUAUACGUCCGUUGCCACUCGCGCGGGCCACGCAGGAUCCUUGGCCUUCGGUGAGCAGAGGAUAGAGGACAUCAUGGCCCCUACCACCGAUUAUUCCCAUCAAGGGCAAGACAACCCAUCUAUAGAUCAGUUGAAGUCUCGAGGUAAGGGCCAGUAUACAUGCCCGCAUGGGCUGGAUUGCAAAAAGGGUGGUGUCAAAUCUGAUGGUCGUAUCAGAGUCUUUACGCGAAACCAUGAAUUUCGGUAG